AUGGCAAGCUCCACCAGCAAAGACAAACACCCCAACACCCCAGCCAUCAUCGGCAUGGCCUACCGGGUGCCCGGAGCCAUCACCCCAGCCCGUAUCUGGGACAACCUUCAGAACAAGGACUUGGAGUACUACCCCAAGUACGCCAUCACUGGGACGGGGAAUUCCAUUCUUAGUAAUAGGAUUUCGUACAUGUAUAAUCUUUCUGAUGGGAGGUGUAGGAGUUUUGAUAGGGAUGGGGAGGGGUAUGUGAGGGGUGAUGGGGUUUGUGCGGUGGUGCUGAAGAGGAGGGAGGAGGGGGUUGGGGAUGGGGAUUGGGUGAGGGCUGUUGUGAGGGGUAGUGGGGUUAAUCAUGACGGGAAGACGGAUGGGAUUACGCUGCCGUCGGCGGAGUUGCAGGAGGGGUUGAUUAGGGAGACGCAUGGGAGGGCGGGGAUUGAUCCGGAUGAUACGGGGUAUUUUGAGGCUCAUGGAACGGAGACCAAGGCGGGCGAUCCUCGUGAAGCUGCUGCUAUCGGUAAAGUCUUUGGCACGUCUACCCGCACGAGACCGCUUUAUAUGGGCAGUGUCAAAUCCAAUAUUGGACAUUUGGAAGGCGCGGCUGGUCUUGCGGGUAUUAUCAAGGCGACGUUGGCUAUUCAGAAUGGCAAGAUCCCGCCCAAUAUGCAUUUCCACAAGCCUAGCCCGGAGAUACUCUUUGACGAGUGGAAACUCAAGGUUCCCACUUCUGCCCUGGACUGGGUCGAGUCAGAUGGAAAGCCGCGCCGGGCAAGCAUCAACUGUUUUGGGUAUGGCAGUGUGAAUGCCCAUGUUGUUCUUGAACAACCUCUUGACUCCCCAACUGUCAUAGUCAAUGGUGUUGACAAGGCCAAGGCGCGGCCGUACCUGCUUCCGCUCACUUCACACUCGGAGGUAGCCGGUGAGAAAGCGAUCAGCAACCUCGCCAGUUACCUCAGCAGCAAGAAGGGGGGGGCUGGCGUUGAAGAGCUAGCCGACGCCCUUUCAUCCGGGGCAUCAAGCGCUAAAUGGACUCAACCUCUUGACUGUGAACAGCCUAUUCGAGUAGGGUAUGUCUUUACGGGCCAGGGUGCCCAGACAUAUGACAUGGGCCGGGAGUUGAUACUUCACUCUGAAGCGUUCCGGGCAACACUGGAGCGUUGCGAUGAGGCUUUACAGACGUUGUCUGAUAAGCCUGACUGGAGGAUUGUUGAUGAGCUCCUUCAUGAUGAGGAGGGGUCGCGGCUUUCUAAAAGCAGGUUCUCGCAGCCGGUGUGCACGGCUGUUCAGGUUGCAGUUGUUGACUUGUUGUCUGAUUGGGGAGUGAAGCCGUCGGCGGUGUGUGGGCAUUCGUCUGGUGAGAUAGCAGCUGCGUAUGCGGCGGGUGUUUUGUCGCUUGGAAGGGCGAUUUUCACGGCGUAUUACCGUGGGUUGUACAUGUCUGCUGGCCUUGAAGCAGCAGACUGCAUCCCAGGGGCGAUGAUGGCGGUGGGACUGUCAGCAGCUGAGCUAAAGGUUGAGUUGGGGGCGUAUGCAGACCGGCUCACUAUCACGGCUAUCAACAGCCCUUCUAGCGUGACGGUCUCGGGAGACUUGGAUGCAGUCACGGAGUUGAAGGAGAAGUUGCUUGCUCGGAAGGCGUUUGCCCGGCAGUUAAAAGUCGAGCAAGCUUUUCACUCGCACCAUCUGGCUCCCAUGGCUCCACGGUAUCAAGCCGCGCUGGAGGGGAGGGAGUUGGUUGUUUGUUCGCAGAAGCCUACCGCUAGGAUGCUCUCUAGUGUCACUGCCCGUGUCGUCUCCCACUCCGGGUCGCUCGGGCCGGGGUACUGGGCAGCAAACAUGGUCCAACCAGUCCGGUUCUCUGACGCUCUCACUGGAGCGGUUCUGGAUGAGGAGGAGAAACCAACAGUGGAUAUCCUUCUUGAAAUUGGCCCUCACCCAGCCCUCAAAGCUCCCGCUAAAGAAGUCCUCAAACUACUCGGGCUAGACAAGACCCCUUACCUCGGCACGCUCUCUCGUGACCGCUCGGCAUAUGAGUCCCUUCUUAGCACAGCAGGAGAGCUUUUUACUCUCGGAUACCCCGUUGAUUUACCAGUCAUCAACGGCCCUGGCAACCGCCUUGUGGAUUUACCAACCUACGCGUGGAACCACAAGAACUACUGGUCUUUGAACCGCCUCACCACUGAGCACCUCCACCGCGAAACACGACACACACUUCUUGGAGUUCCCGUUCCGGGGGGGGCUCAUCACAUCCCAAGGUGGAGGAAUUACAUCCGGUUGCGUGUGAUCGCUUGGUUGAGAGAUCAUUGUGUAGAUGGGAAGGUGGUUUUCCCCGCGGCGGGUUAUUGCUGUAUGGCUAUUGAAGCGGCGGUCAGACUUGGGGACCGUAGGAACGAAAGGAUUGCCGCGGUGCAUCUGAAGGAGGUUUUGAUAAAACCCCCGCUUGCUCUGAGGGAGGACCAUGACGAGGGGGCGGAGACGGUGUUGGAACUGAGGCCUGUGGCGGAGUCGGCGAGGACGUUUUCGGAGGAGUGGUUCGAGUUUGAGGUUUCGAGUUUAGAGGAGGGUCUGGAGACGAGGCAUUGCCAUGGGAGGAUUUGGGUUGAGUAUGGCGAGCCGAGGGGGUUGAGGUCGUUGGCAAAAGUGGAGGGGGUGGAGGAGAUGAGGGGGAGGUCGGAUAGGUAUGUGAGUGCCAAGUCGCUGUAUGAGAGGUUGGAGAGGCUGGAUUUGAAGUAUGGGCCUUACUUUGCGCUACUAAAGGGGGAUGUUGUCUCUGGACCGGGUCUUGCGGUUGCCGAGUUUGAAUUUUAUCCGAUGGUGUUUCCGAAGCAUGAGCUGGAGGAGCGGACGGUGCUUCAUCCGACGUUGUUGGAUUCGAUGUUUCAUGAUAUUUCGGGGAUAUUGGUGGAGCAAGGGGGGAGGGGGGAGAGGAGGAGGUAUACGGUGCAGACGAGGACGGAGUUGCCGAGUCAGAGGAUGGCGGUUAAUCAUAUUUUGUUGAGGGAGGAGGGGUCGGGGGAGUUGAUUAUUGAGGCCACGGGGAAUGAGGUUACUGCGUUGGGGAGUGAUGGUCAGGGGCAAGGGAGGGCGUUGUUUUUCCGGCAGAGGUGGCAGCCUUGUUUUGAUUUGUUGGAGGGGGCCGAGGUUGAGGGGGGAGUUGGGGGGCUGGUGAGGUUGUAUACCUUUCAGCAUCCUACUUCGAGGGUUUUGCUGGCUAUGAAAUACGCUGAGGCUGAAGCUCUGCUGGCUCAUUUGGCAGUGCCAGUCACGGGCCGACCGCUGUAUGAGACUCUGCAUAUUCUGAGCGAGGAAACUCAGUGGUCGGAAAGGUUUGAUGUGUUGGCUGGGCCAGAAGGCCGGUAUGAUCUCGUUAUCGUGGGCAAGGACGCUGAGCUUUCUCCUGAGGCACUGCAAAUAUCACUUGCCAGCAAUGCUGUGGUUGUCACCAGCGAGUCUCUUACGGAAUGGACACCGGUUGCAACCGCUUCCGAAUGGGCCGCUUAUCGCCCAGCAACCAACGUCUCCACAGCUCAGAUUGACUUGACAGUGAUCCUACCAACUGUUUCCUCGGAAACAACACGAGCCAUCCUGGAAGAACUCGAGGCAUUCCCCUACAUCGCCUCAGUUACCACCACCACCAUAAACGAAGUCACCGCUCAUAAUCUCGCCACCAAGCACGUCGUAGUCCUAAGCAGCCUUGACAACCACCCAAACCCCAUCGACCCCCCCUCAGAAUGGUUCGGUACCCGCCAUCUCCCCACCCUUGAAAACAUCACCCUCAUCUGGCUCACCCUCGGCGCAACAAUCCAAUCCACCAACCCCUCUCACGCCAAAAUUCUCGGCGUCCCCCGCGUGGCCCGCAACGAAAACCAAGCCUCUCGCCUCCUCUCCCUCGACAUCCAACCCUCCACCUCUCCCGCCAUCAUCACAAAACAGAUCCUCCCCUGCCUGUCAACCGCCUCAGAAGAGGACUUCUCCCUCCACCACACAACCCUCCACAUCCCCCGCAUAGAAGAAGACCUCCCCCUCAACCGCAAAAUCGGCCUCCUCGAAACCCUCCACUUCGUCCCCCUCCCCCAACACAACACCGCCCUUGGUGAUAACCAAGUCCUCAUUCGUGUCAAAGCCUCCGCCCUCAACUUCCACGACCUGACUGUAGCGUUGGGGAUAAUCCAAGACUACAACAUGGGCAACGAAUGCGCGGGUAUCAUCACCGCCAUUGGCGCCUCCGUUACUAACCUUUCCCCUGGGGACCGGGUGGUAGCUUACCGUCCUGGCCAGGGGGCACAUCAGACUUUUGUUCGUCAGGAUAGUGAGAUGUGCGUGAAGAUACCUGACACAAUGUCAUUUUCUUUGGGGGCGAGUCUGCCCGUCACGGUGACGACGGCGUUUUAUUCGCUUUUCACGGUGGCGAUUCAGAUGGCGAAAAAUAUCGGGGCGAGGGUGCUGGUUACUUGUUCGGAGGGGAAGAGGGGGUUGAUGAGGGAAAGGUAUGGGAUGGGGGAGGGGGAGGUGUUUAAUUCGAGGGAUGAUUCUUUUUCUGGCUGGGAAACUGCUCAUGCCACGUGGGGGUGUUUGGCGCCGUUUGGGAGGUUUGUCGAGAUUGGGAAGAGGGACAUACAUCAGAAUUCGAACUUGGGGAUGGAUCCGUUCAGAAGGAAUGUCAGUUUUGCUUCGGUAGAUAUGAUUUUGGUUUAUGAGUUGGAUAAACCUCUGGCGGCGAGGUUGUUGGGGGAGACGUUUGAGAUGGUGUUUUCUGGGGAGGUGAGGCCGCCUGAGAGGUUGUUUGAGUAUUCUUAUGGUCAGGCGGAGAAGGCGUUUCGGUUGAUGCAGCUGGGGAGGUAUACGGGGAAGAUUGUUCUUACUGUUGAUGAGGAGGAGGAGGAGGUGGUGGUGAUGGUUGCCCCGCCGAGUUAUGAUCAGAGGCUGUUAUUCAAGAGGGGUAGGACGUAUCUUUUGGUUGGGGGGCUGGGGGGGCUGGGGACGGCGACGGCGGAGUGGAUGUAUCUUCGUGGGGCGAGGAGGUUUGCGUUCAUGUCCCAGUCGGGGGAUCAGAGUAAUAAUGGGAGGAAGACGGUGAAUUGGCUCAGGUUGAGGAAAGCUGAGGUCAGUGUUUACAAGGGGGAUGUGGGUGUUUUGGCUGAUGUUGAGAACGUCGUUCGGGAGAUUGGUCCUUCGCUGGCUGGCGUUUUUCAUAUUGCGGUUGUGCUACAGGACGGCAUGAUCAGGUCGUUGUCGUUUGAUCAGUACCAAACCGGGCUGCCCACCAAGUGCACCGGUGCGUGGAAUUUGCACACAGCAACGUUGGGCAUCGACUUGGACUUUUUCGUCUGCUGGUCGUUGGUGUCGGCCAUCUGCGGUAACAAGGGACAAGGAGCCUAUGUUGCCGCCAAUGCGUACAUGGAUGCCUUCAUGCGCUGGCGACGGGAGCAGGGCCUUGUCAGAACGACUACGAAUCUUGGUGCUGUGCCCACGAGGGGCUUGGUUGCUGAGAAUGAGCUUGUCAGGAAGAGCCUCGACAGAAACAAGCUCGAUAUCCUCACGGAGCAAAAACUCAUGUUUUUGAUGAGGAAGCAGUACAGCUGA